ACACAGGGUCGUUUUAAGCGCUUCCGGGCGGAAACUUUACGCGUUGAGCGCGUGUCAGUGUUCCAGCUUCUUGCCGGGAAAGAGUACGCGCCAGUGUAGUAUGAUGUGCAUUGUCACUAGUGUUUCACACCCAGCCGGUGCAUUUCCCAGCCCUCCGGAGUUUUCCACAAACGAGCCAAAGAUUUGUCAGCGCACGCUAACUUGAGAAAAUGAGAAACCAAACUGGGGAAUGAUUGUUCUGUGCGUCUGAGCGGACUUACGUUUUUUUGUUUCGACCGGACUUCUUGAAUCCUUGUAGGCUAAACAUGGGCUUAUCCCGAAAUGAAACGGAAAUUUGGACAGAGGAGCAUAUGGACACGAACCACACGACAGACAGUUUCGGUCCGGAGGUAGUGAUUGUGCCCGUCAUAUUUGGAUGUAUAUUUUUCUUGGGAAUCAUUGGGAACACUCUAGUGAUGGUUGUCAUUGGGAAAAUAAAGUCGAGGCGCUCGAGAAGUACCACUAACAUUUUCAUCCUAAAUCUCAGUAUAGCAGAUUUAUCUUUCCUCCUGUUUUGCGUCCCGUUUCAGGCCACCAUAUACUCUCUUCCCGAGUGGAUCUUCGGGGCUUUUCUGUGUAAAUUUGUGCACUAUUUUGUCACGGUCAGCAUGCUGGUGAGCAUUUUCACCCUUGUGGCCAUGUCGGUGGACAGGUACAUUGCCGUGGUGCUCUCCAAAAAGUCCCCGUGUAUUCGGAACCGGAGGAAUGCGCUCAUUGGCGUCUGUGUCAUUUGGAUGCUUUCGUUUGUCUUUGCGGUCCCGGUUGCGCAGCACCAAAUUUUGACGAAUCACCCCACGGCUCCCAAUAGCACGUUCUGCUGGGAGAUAUGGACAGAACGGGUGGCAAGGCACACUUAUAAAGUCACUAUUCUCGUGACAGGGUAUCUGUUACCGCUGGUUUUGAUCACAUGCUGUUAUGCCAAGGUAUUGUACCAUCUUCAUAAAAAAAUUAAAAAUAUGUCCAAGAAGUCUGAAAGGUCAAAGCGAAAGACAGCUCAGACGGUGUUGCUGGUUGUCGCUGCAUUCCUCAUCUGCUGGAUGCCGCACCACAUUAUCGCCAUGUGGGUAGAAUUCGGCAGGUUCCCGCUGAAUGAUGCUUCUUUUGCAUUUCGCAUCAUCUCCCACUGCCUGGCCUAUGGAAACUCCUGCGUCAACCCUAUUCUUUAUGCGUUCCUGUCGGAAAACUUCAGAAAAGCCUGCAAGCAGGUCUUCACGUGCCGUUUUUUUUACUCUCCUCCGCCUGUGGAGAAAGUGGUGCGCAUACGCAUGGAGAACUUCUCCAUGACGCAUUCCACCACCAACAUGUGACUCAAAACUUGAGAUAUCAGCACUGUUUAAACAUUUCUGUGUUUGUUUCUGCUUCAUGGCGUGGUGUCAUGGAUUACAUUUCAAGAAAGUUUGACUAACAAGGACCGUAAAAAUUAAGUUACCUAAAACCUCGAUCUCAAUCCACAUUUAUUAAAGAUAUUUACUUAAAAAAGUAAAAAAGUGUAAACUAUUUAAGUGUAAAUAGCGUUUGUCAUUGAAAUGUUAUUACAUUUUUGUGUUCACUGUUUAAAGUAUUUAAUGUUAUUGAAAAUAAUGGAAACCUAUGUAGAUUCAUUUAAAUAUAUAAUUACAGAAUUAUACAAAGUUUUAUGUUUGAAAGAAUCGCUCUAUAAAAGCAUGACUGUGUUUGUGAAGAAACUGUGCCGUCUGAACACCUUUUUAGUGUUUAUGUAAUAUUCGAACAAACACUUUAAGCCUCCGUUUAAACAUGCCAUAAACUUUAAUAUUUACUUGUGUGCUGUAAUUAUAUACUCAGUGACAUUGGUUUACAUGUAUUAUGUCCAGUCUUAUGUUUAUAUAGCAGUUAUGAAAAGAAAAUACAGUUGAAGGUUUCCCCCUUAUGAAUUCAGAAAUUAAAAUAUCAA